AUGAGCAUGCACACGACGCAAGAAUGGGCAUUGAGUGCCCAUCAGAACAUGUUCCAGGCGAAGUCCGCUCACCGGAAGGCCAUCGAUCAGCAGGACCGCUCCAGCCGCGCCCACGAUGAGGCCAUGUCUGACAACAUGGGUAUGUAUCACGAGCUGCAAAGUUCCUUGGAGCAAAAGGUCCGCACCAGUCAGAGGAUGUUGGAGAAGCUCCAGCACCGUGCGCAGUCACUGGAGAACUCCAUCCAACACACGAAGCAGACCUUGGGCAAGUUGGAAGAGGCCUUAGAGGCAAAGGAUGCUCCACUGAUCCUUUGUAGCUGGCGUAUGGAGCAACGAGAGCGUCGACCCUUGCGGGAACAGGUCCGGGACCAUGUGGAGGUGUCUCUGGAGACGGAGAAGGCCGCCUUGUUGGAUUCUCAGCGGCGCUUGCAAGAUGUCAUCCAGAAAACCAAGCAGACCGUCCAGGCCCUGGAGAAUAAGCUGGAAGAGGUCCGUCAGGACAUUCAGCAGAAGAGCCAGGCCCUUAGUGUGGAUGAGCUUUGCCUCCGCACCACCUCUCGCAGCCUCGAGCAGAUCGUCGACCGCAGCGCCUUCCUCCGGACGGCGGGCGGGAACCUGCCGCCGGCGCGCGGCGGCAGCCGCGGCACGGCGCGUGGGGCGGAUGCGCGGCGGGAGGUGGCAGCCCUGGAAAGCUUCCGCAAUGAGGUGCUCCGGCAGAAGGAGGCCUUGCGGCUCAACCAGUCGGCGAUCCACCGGGAAGAGGCUGCCAAGGAGCUCCGAGAGGAAGCCAAUAAGCUCAUGGCGCGCGUGCAGCGCAAUGUCGAGGAUGCCGCUGGGAAGUCCGAGAAGUGCAUGAAGGAUCGUGUCAACGAGAAUCAACUGAUGCGGAGGCGUUUGGAGAGCGAGCUGCGAGAAACUUGUAACCAGAUCAGCUUGACGAAAAACACAAUCCAGGACACAAAGACUCAGAUUCGCUCCCUGGACGAGCCAAUGGACUUGACAUCCACUUGCGCCUCCUGGCGUCAACAACGUUCAUCGAAAGAGCAUGCGAUGGACCCAGUGUCCACUGCUUUGCAAGAGCACCAGAUGACCUUGCUGAAGUGUCACGAGGAAUUACGCCAACACCAUCAGAAUGAGAAGAACAUCUUGCAAGACCUUCAGGAGAAGAAGGAGCAGUUGAAGGAGGACCUCCGUGACAAGACCUCAGCACUCCACAUCGACCUCAACUGUCUCACCCACGAAGCCCAGCCAUCCCGGCAUGGCCAAGCACCACGUCCCGCGAUCAGCCGCCAACGGCUGCCCAAAGCGAUGAAGGUGGAUCCUAGUUUUGUCCCAAAUCCUGGGCAUGCGAUGAUCUUGCAGCUGCCUCUUACGGCCAGAUGA